AGGCAUUUGAGCAUCGAAAACUAGAUAAUCGAAUUUGGUGGAAAGAGUUUCUACUUUUAAACUAAACUCUCUCUUAACACAAUCAAAGAAUCAAGGCCUGCAAUUAAAAGGUUUAAGAUCAUUACAAGUUGAUAUCAUGGCUGAGAAUGGUGAUUUGCAGCUAACUAAAAGAAAAUGGAAUAUACCAUUGCUGGUUUUCUUCAGAGAUGCAAGGCUUGUUUUCAAAAUGGAUGAACUCGGUUUGGAGAUACUGAAGAUUGCGGUACCUGCUGCAAUGGCUUUAGCUGCUGAUCCUGUUGCUUCACUCAUUGACACUGCCUUCAUUGGCCAUUUAGGACCGGUGGAAUUAGCUGCAGUGGGGGUUUCUAUAGCUAUAUUUAAUCAAGCAUCAAAGGUUACUAUAUUCCCAUUGGUCAGUAUAACAACAUCUUUUGUUGCUGAAGAAGAUACAGUUCAAAAGAUCUGUAACGAAUCGAAAAAAGAAGAAGAAGAAGAUUCAGACAAAGAUUCGACUAAAACUCGUGACACGAAAGCAGUCGUCCCUGAGGAUGUCUUGCUUGAGAAACUGGAGAAAGGAUCAGCUGCAGACCACGAAAAGAAAAAUCUGAUUCCGGAUGAUGCUCAUUGUAAGGCAGCAACAUCAGAGACUCCUAGUUUUAGAGAAGCCAAGAUUAUCAACAACGACGAAUCAGAAAAUAGUAAGAAAAGGCGACACUUACCUUCAGCUUCAACUGCUCUAAUUGUUGGAGCAAUGCUUGGUCUUGUACAAGCCAUAUUCCUGAUAUUCUGUGCAAAACCUCUGCUUAGUAUCAUGGGUGUAAACUCUGGUUCCCCUAUGCUAGCCCCAGCUACAAAGUACUUGACACUAAGAGCACUAGGUUCUCCUGCAGUCCUUCUGUGCCUUGCUAUGCAAGGAGUUUUCAGAGGAUUCAAAGAUACAAAAACUCCUUUAUAUGCCACUGUUGCCGGAGAUUUAACAAAUAUAAUUCUGGAUCCAAUUUUCAUCUUUGCCUGCCGAUUAGGAGUCAGUGGUGCAGCCAUUGCACAUGUUCUUUCCCAGUACUUGAUGUCAUUGAUCUUAUUGUGGACAUUGAUGAAAAAGAUCGAUCUCUUACCACCGAGUCUUAAAGAUUUGCAAUUCAGUCGGUUUCUGAAAAACGGUUUUCUGUUAUUAGCAAGAGUGAUAGCAGCCACAAUAUGUGUAACAUUGGCAGCAUCAAGAACAGCAAGGCUAGGCUCCACAACUAUGGCUGCUUUCCAGAUUUGCUUACAGGUUUGGUUGACAUCGUCUCUCCUUGCCGAUGGAUUAGCUGUUGCUGGACAGGCAAUUAUUGCAUGUGCAUUUGCUGAGAAAGACUAUCAGAAGGCAACCGCGGCAGCAACCCGGGUGCUACAGAUGAGUUUUGUUCUCGGUCUCGGUCUGUCUGUUGCAGUGGGAGUUGGUCUCCAGUAUGGUGCUGGAAUUUUUUCAAAAGAUCCUAAUGUUCUUCACAUUAUAAGCCUAGGCAUUCCUUUUGUUGCAGCUACACAGCCUAUUAACUCAAUAGCAUUUGUAUUUGAUGGUGUAAACUUUGGUGCUUCUGAUUUUGCAUAUUCUGCUUAUUCCAUGGUUGUAGUAGCUGUAGCAAGUAUUGCAGCCAUUUUUGUUCUUUCUAAAAGUGGUGGUUUUGUUGGAAUAUGGAUUGCUCUCACCAUUUUUAUGGGGCUACGUACAUUUGCUGGUGUAUGGAGGAUGGGAACAGGAACCGGACCUUGGAAGUUUCUAAGAGGAAGAUUGUUUUAAUAAGGAAAUGUUAAGUUAAUACUACUAUGAUAUUUCUGAUUAGGUAGUAGACUUAUACAUCCUCUUAUCCAUUUUUCUGCUUUAGGCAGUUUUUAUAUUUCCUUGUCGUCUGUAUUUAUGGCUAAAUACAUUUUGUUGCCUUUA